AUGACCUCUUUUUCUGACCAUAAUCUGAGGGAAAGAGGUCUAAACAGAGAUGAACAUGUUCACGGUGCCCUGCUCAUUUUGAAUGAACUCUUAAGAUGUUCUAAUGCUGCAUGGGAGAAAAAGUACACAACACUUAUGCAAAAACUAGAUGCAGAACAAGAAAUAUCUGAUGAAAUGCUUUCUCUUAGCUCCAAACUACACAGCACAUGGGCAUCACAAAGUUUCUCAGAGGAGAAAAAUUCACCUAUUGCUAUUUAUGAGUCCAAUAUUUGUAAAAAAUUAAUUAUAGAAAGAUAUGAAAAGAUAGCUUCUGAGGUAAUGGCUCAACAAAUCUCCAGAUCUAACAGUGUUCAUCAAAUGUUAUUGUUAAUAAUACCAAGAUUAGCGGCAUUGAAUAGAGAGGCAUUCUCAAGGAAACAUCUGAAAUCUACAAUUAAUCAUCUAAUUACCUUCUUGAGAGGGAGAGAAAAAGAAAAAGCUAUGGCAUUUACAACUCUAGGACUUGUCUGUGUUGCAGUUGAGUCUGAUAUACAAAUAUAUUUGGGUAGAAUUAUAGAAAUCAUCAAAUUGACAUUGCCAGUUAAAGAUGUGCCAAAGAAACGUAAUGAGACGGAUACGCCAUUAUUCAACUGUGUCACUUUAUUAGGAUUUGCUAUGAAAGAGGAUGUUGCUAAUGAGUAUUUCGUACAAGUUCUCAUAGAAUUGCAAUACUCGGAAUCGACCCGCAACAAAGAACAGUCCUUGACGAUGAUAAACAACAUCAUUUCGCAUGCACCGGGUAUAACGCGACAAUUUGUUGAUACUAUACUGAAAGUCCUCGUACCGAAACUGAAAGAGGAGGCCAACAAUUCGACCAUGGUCUCGAUAAUUUUAAAAGCAAUCGGUGAUCUUGCUGAAAUAAACGGCGGAGGGAAUGCGCUAACCCAGUGGCUUCCUGAGCUCAUAUCGAUUCAGUUGGAAAUACUGGCAGACCCUAAUCAAAUUGAAAAAAGGAGUGUAGCGCUGUGGUCGUUUGGCCAAGUGGUUAGUGCAAUUGGAAUUCAAUGCCCUAAUUAUAUAGUGCUGGUCACACGCUUACAAGAUGCUUCAACGCUCGCCUCCGACGACGAUUAUUUGGUCGAGACACGAUCGAGAUUGCGGAAUCAAAAAAGUGAUGUGAUGUCUAAUACUAAUGAAACACAAGUUCAAAAGCUAACAUUGAACGUUAACAAUUUGAGGAAGUGUUGGUCAGUGAACAGCCUUAUAUCUAAGGAGGACUGGUUGGAGUGGCUCCGUCAGCUGAGCGUUGGUUUUCUCACAGAAUCUAACAGCCCCGCCAUUAGGGCGUGUUCAACGCUAUCGCAAAACUACCCUCAGCUUGCCAGUGAUCUGUUCAACGCGGCAUUUAUGUCCUGUUGGACUGAGCUAGGCGAGCAGCCGCGCAAAGAACUGGUCGCUGCUUUGGAAAGGGCCCUAACAGUACCCGACGUGCCCGAACUAGCGCUUGCUGUUUUGAACCUGGCAGAGUUCUUGGAGCAUUGCGAAAAAGGCGCUUUGCCUAUAUCGAUUAAGCUAUUAGGAGACACCGCUAUAAGCUGCAGGGCGUACGCGAAAGCUUUGUAUUAUAAGGAAGAAGAGUACCGCAGAAAUCCGACGACCCAAGUAGUGGAGGCGUUAAUACAUAUAAAUAAUAAGUUGCAACAGAAAGAGGCAGCAAAUGGGUUGCUCGAGAAGGUGAUAACACAGAAGAAGAACGGAGAUUGUUCAUUGAACGUUCAUGUUCGUUGGUACGAAAAACUGCAUAAUUGGGAGCAGGCACUGGAUCUGUAUGAUAAGAAGUUGGAAACUGAACCGCAGGACUCUGAGUCCAGGUUGGGUAUGAUGAGAUGCUUAGAAGCAAUGGGAGAGUGGAGAAAGCUUUAUAAUAUAACUGGCGACCAGUGGGAUAGCAUGAGCGAGGAUAUCAAGAGGAAAUCUGCUAAGAUAGCUGCAGCUGCAUCGUGGGGCUUGCAGGAAUGGGAUUCAAUGAAGAAGUAUGUCGAAUUUAUCCCAGAAGACACGCAAGACGGAGCAUUCUACAGGGCCAUUUUAGCUAUUCAUGAAAGUCAAUGGCCUGAGUCCAGACAUUAUAUAGACGCGGCUAGAAGCUUGCUUGAUGGGGAACUUACUUCAGUAUUGGGAGAGAGCUAUCAAAGGUCAUACGGUGCCCUUGUUAACGCGCAACUCUUGACUGAAUUGGAGGAAGUAGUAAUAUACAAGCUCGUGGAGGAGAGAAGAAGUAUAAUACACAGAACCUGGUGGACAAGACUACAGGGCGGCCAACGUUUAGUCGAGGAUUGGCGAAAGAUGCUACAAAUAAGGAGUCUCGUCAUGACCCCACGGGAAGACUUCCAGACUUGGCUCAAGUUCGCGUCGCUCUGUCGGAAAUCCGGCUCGAUACCGCAGGCGCACAAAAUUGUUCUAUCCAUUCUGGGCUGUGAUCCUAUGAACAAUCCCGACGUCCUUCUGCGGAUGCAGGACCCAAGGAUCGUUUUGGCCUACAGCAAAAACUUGUGGGAGGCCGGCAACAAGCGGUACGCUUACGACGUACUGCAGCGUUUCGUCGAUAAUUCUGAGCCGGAUAGCGAAGAGCAUUACAGGCUACUGGCGCGGUGCCACCUGAAACUGGGCUCCUGGUGUGAAUCCCUGCAAGAGAUCAACGAGCUCUCCAUCCCGGACAUCCUAAGGAAUUACGCGGCGGCGACCAUACUCGCCCCUGAGUGGUACAAAGCGUGCCACGCGUGGGCUUGCAUGAACUUCGAGACGGUGCUGUUUUAUAAGCAGCAGGACAGCAGCACCGAGAGCAGUCUCGCUGGCGGCUCUGGCGAGAAGAAAGUCUCCAGACCAGAGUUCAUCAACACGCAUACGAUACCGGCUAUCGAGGGGUUCUUUAAGUCCAUUAGCUUGUCCAACGGCAACUCCCUUCAAGACACCUUGAGGCUCCUCACUCUGUGGUUCGACCACGGACACCACCCGGCCAUAUACGACGCCCUUUUCGAAGGGAUACGACAAAUUGACAUCAAGAUUUGGCUUCAAGUGAUACCUCAGCUUAUAGCCAGAAUCGAUUCGCCUAGAAGCCUAGUCGCAAAGCUGGUCCACAUACUGCUGAUAGACAUAAGCAAGUCCCAUCCGCAAGCGCUCGUCUACCCCUUGACCGUGGCAACGAAAUCUUCCUUUGUGACGAGGAAAACUGCCGCGAACUAUAUAUUGAAAACGAUGUGCGUACACUCGCACAAUCUAGUCAGCGAGGCCGCUAUAAUAUCUGAGGAAUUGAUUAAAGUGGCCAUUCUGUGGCACGACCAGGUCUUCAUAGCGCUGGAUGAAGCUUCCAGAUUGUAUUUCAGCGAGAAAGACUACAGAGGUAUGUUUAGGACAUUGGAUAAAAUGCACACGAUGCUAGAUCGUCCGCCGGAGGCAUUGAAAGAAGUGUCGUUCUUGCAAAUGUACGGGAGGGAUUUACAAGAGGCCCAAAGAUGGUGCGAAUUGUACAAGGAGUCGAGCGAGGAGCGCUACCUGAACGAGGCGUGGGACCUCUACUACAACGUGUUCCGGCGUCUCUCGGCGCAGUUCCGCUCGCUCACCUCGCUCGAGCUGCAGUACGUGAGCGAGCGGCUGCACGCGUGCAGGGACUUCGAGCUCGCCGUGCCCGGCUCCUACGUGCCGGACGGGCCCCUCAUCAGGAUAUCACACAUUAAAAGUCAACUCCAGGUGAUAAAGUCGAAGCAGCGGCCGCGCCGCCUCACCGUGCAGGGCUCGGACGGCAAGCAGUACAUGUUCCUGCUGAAGGGCCACGAGGAUUUGAGGCAGGACGAACGGGUGAUGCAGCUCUUCGGGCUGGUGAACACCCUGCUCCAAUCCGACCCGAGCACGUACCGCCACGACCUGGCCAUCCAGCGCUACGCGGUCGUGCCCCUCUCCCCCAACUCGGGGCUGAUCGGCUGGGUGCCCCAGUGCGACACGCUCUACAAUCUGAUAAGCGACUACCGCGACAAGAAGUCCAACAAGCUCGCGCUGAACACUGAACAGCAGAUCAUGCAGCGCAUGGCCUCCGACUACCUCAAGCUGAUGCUGAAGCAUAAGGUCGAAAUAUUCGAGUAUACGCUAUCGCAGACGCCUGGCAACGAUUUGGCGAGGCUGCUUUGGCUGAAGAGCCUGUCGGCCGAAGCGUGGUUCGAGCGGCGCACUAACUACACCCGCUCGCUGGCCGUCAUGAGCAUGGUGGGCUACAUCCUGGGCCUGGGCGACCGCCACCCGUCCAACAUAAUGCUGCACCGGAUCUCCGGGAAGGUGCUGCACAUCGACUUCGGCGACUGCUUCGAGGUCACGCAGACCAGGGAGAAGUACCCGGAGAAGAUUCCGUUCAGGCUCACCAGGAUGCUGAUAAACGCCAUGGAGGUGACGGGCAUCGAGGGCACGUACCGCAGCACGUGCGAGUCGGUGAUGCAGGUGCUGCACCGGCACAGGGACAGCGUGAUGGCGGUGCUCGAGGCGUUCGUGCACGACCCGCUGCUCAACUGGCGGCUGGUGGACGACGGGCGGCGCUCGGUGGCCGGCUCCACCUUCUCCUCAGACAUCGGCUCGUACUCGCUGCCGAGUCGGAGCCGCGCGCGACUGCACUGCGAGCCGCUCGAGAUGCCGCCCGACGCGAAUCUGAACAAGCGCGCGCUGGCGAUACUGAGCCGCGUGCGCGACAAGCUCACCGGACGCGACUGCCCGCGCUCCGGGCCGCUGGAGGUGCCCCAGCAGGUGGACAUGCUGAUCAAGCUCGCGACGGACAACGAGAACCUGUGCCAGUGCUACAUCGGCUGGUGCCCCUUCUGG